UGUAAAGUUUUUCUUAUCCUCAUACAAAAUUUUGAAUUUUAAAAUCUGGUAAAAAGAAAACAAACAAAAACUCGAUAAUUCUCAAGAAAUUCUUUGAACACGAAGGCGAUUCCAGGUCGAAGUAAGACUGAAACGUAUAUCUGCUCUGUACCAAUCAGUUUUUGUCGGUGGCAAUGGGAAAACAUUAUGAUGUGGUCUGAUAAAUCUUUCUUCAUGAGUUGACGUCAAAUAAUCAUGACACGAUCCUCCCAGUAACAAGGACGUAAGCAGUUUCAAAGAUGUUCUCCUUGGAGCGUACUCAUUAUUAUAGCAGUCACAUCUUCCUGUUUUAUCUACUGCUGUUGGUUACCGCACAACAGUAUAGUCUUCGAUUGGACGAACACAACUCGCCUCCUGACGUUAUACCUACUAGUCCAUACAACUUGAAGUACUCAGUACCAUUAAAUGAACUGACUAGUUAUCCAAUUUUUGCCUAUUUUUAUAGGUUGGAUGGAAGUGAAGUUAAGGAUGGUUCUCUAAACGAUCAAGAAGUAACAGUGACCAGUAGGAGUACUACGAACGUUGACAGCUGGAGAAUGUCCGGUGGUAAGCUAUGUCAAAAUACUAAUCCUGAUGUAUUUCUACCCAUGAGAUAUAAUCGCCACACAUAUGUCAAGAAAUGUGGCUCGACAAUCGGACCGACCACAUUAAAAGUGAAAGUAUUCAAUGGAACCAUUAUAAUCGAUUGGCUUAUGCAUUCUCACGAAAGGUAUUUAGUGCCAGACAUCGACCGAAUAUAUAGAAUCGAUGUCCCUGGUCUAUCUAUUCGGAUAGACACGUAUCCUUUCCGUAUAACCACUCCUGCUGCUAAACUCGUCAUCACCAAACACCCACCGUCAAACAUCCAAGCCAACACAGGUUUUAAUGUUACGGCCGAGAUACAUGAUAAUGUAGGUAAAGUUAUUACGUCGGGUCUAGACUCCAUCGCUUUUGUAGAGUUGACUGUACCAUAUCGCUAUAAAGAAUUUUAUUAUCGAAGGAAUUUAGACAUGAUGUUGAAACACACUGACAUCCGAUUGGCAGGCAGUUCGACCAUGAUACACCAAAGUACCAAUGAUAUAAUUAUACGAAAACAAGCCGUAGCAGGUAAAGUUAUAUUCGAAGACAUUCGGAUUUUAGAUGUUGUAGUCGGCUUUCGCUUGAAUUUAACUAUGUAUAUGGCGAGAGAUCCAUGGAUCAGAAUACCGAACUGUAAAACUUGCUAUGAUGAUUUAAGUCGUAAAAACAUUUAUGAAUCCGAAAACUAUGUUAAAUUUUUUGAUUUAUCCGACAGCAUUCUUGCAGGAAUUCCAGCUAUGGCUUUUACGAAACCUAUUAAUGUUGAAGCCCAGAGACUUGCAAGUUUACAAAUUAUUCACAAUUUAAAAUCAACCAGUUCAUCUAUCAAAAUUACUCGAAAUUUUCCUAUUCCAGGAGAAAUGAAAAUAAUGAUUAUAGAUGUUAAUGGGAAUAGAAUUUACUCUGGUCCAGAUUCCAAGAUAAACAUCGAUGUUAAAACGACCCCCCCGAAUAUAUGCCUUUCAACGGACAUGACAAAAACGAUAAUAGAUGGCUUGGUGGAACUAAGAGGUUCAAUAUGUUCAAUUUCUAGUUCGGUGAGGUUGAUAAUUUCCUCAACUUCACAUGCAGGUGUAAGCGUUCAAACUCCAAUUUUUACUGUGAUUGGUCUAGUUCAUAUAGGGCACAUUGGGGAUUUCAAUACAGCUGGAACGAUUAAAAGUCCUUAUCCACAUAUAGAUACUUUUGUAAAAUUCGCUGCUGCUGACAUAAGCUGGGGCGGGAUUCCUGGAAUUUUUGAACAGUAUGGUAUGUCAAUUGCAGUUGAAUCAAUCAACACUAAUGAUGAAAUAGAAUUUACUGUUCAGCAGUACCAAAUGUAUAAAGAAACACAUCAAAAUAGCGAAUCGGAAUUGAGAGGUAUCCUUCUGUCAGCAAGUUCAUUGGUUACAAAAGCCGUAGCCAGAAACUCAAUGAUAGACAACAUUCCGGUCAUUGCAUUGACUGAGAAAGAUAAUUCUUUUCUGCGAUACAAUUUAUUCAAUAAAAUUUGCUGGGGAUGGCCAGAAAUUUACAGUUUUUUUCUGAAAGCUUGUAAAGAUAGAAGAUGGCUCCAGAUGUCAUCUAUCAGCUCCAGCGAAAAGUCUGUUGAUAUUGAAUUCUUCAACAGUGCACAAAUAUUCGACGUUAAGAUCACAAUGCCAGUGAUCGUCCCAGAAUUCGACUCUUACAGCGAUUCCCCUUGGCAACCAGAAUUUUAUGGUGAAGCAAUGAGAUUUCUAAAGGAUGCCGGGACAAAAAUAAUUAUUUGUUUUGCCACUCGCUCUUUACCAUACAUUUUGCGUUCUGGAAUCCGAUUUGGUAUUUCUGCACUUGAUGGUUAUCAGUGGCUUUUUAUAAGUGAAAAUGCUCGAUCCUUUCCUUUAAUGAACGAAGCCGUCUGUCAAUGGGAACCGAAAUGUACCCAUGCUUAUCGUGGGUCACUACUAUUCAUAGAAACUUACGAUUUUGGAAACUUCCAGACAGAAAGAUGGCUACAUACACUCGAAAGAUUUUAUAGUAUUGACAGAACAGAGUAUUUAGGAAGUAAAGCAAUAUAUCCAAAUGAAGAACUAGCAUCUUAUUUGGCACUGGGUUAUGAUGCCAUGUGGUUGUUGGCUCAAGCAAUCAGCAACAUAGUUUCCAGACAAAAGACCGCUUUUGGAGAUGAAAUUUCAAACGAACUGAAAAAAAUUAAUUUGAAUGGACUGUCAGGAAAGGUGCGUCUCGAUGAGAGCGGUAAAAGAUCUGACUUUAUGGGAAGUAUCAUUUUGAUUAAUCCCAUCGGCAAUGUUUCUGAAUCCCACCCUAAUUUAGUAGCCCUCCCGAUAAGACUUAUACUAUGGAAAGAUUCUGGUGAAAUAGAGUUGAAUUACCAAGCUAAAUACCCAUUGAAUAAGCCUCCAUAUAAUUAUGUACUACCACCAAUGUCGCUUCCCGUGGCUGAUACGUACAAUAUUAGAACAUAUCAUUCAGUUUCAGGAAUGAUUAGCGAGCAUGAAAAUAAAUUAAUUGAAGCUCCAAACGAACCAUGGCCAUCUAUAAGCUUUGAACGGACGGAGAAGUUAGUAACACCUUUUAGGUGUAAACAAAACUGUGGUGAUCUUAUAUCGGAAGACGAUGUUACAGUCUUCAAUAAUGGUGUCUGCAUUGCGGAGAACGUGUGUGUGUGUAACAAAGGAUAUUUAGGAGAUGGAUGUAUUAAUGUUUCAUGCAGUUGCGUUCAUGGCGGAUGUAGCUCGCCAGACAUAUGUACCUGUAAAUCGGGCUGGAAAGGGUCGCGCUGUGACCAACCGGUAUGUAACACUCCUUGCAAGCAUGGAAAAUGCGUGAAGCCCGAUAAAUGCCAGUGUGAAUCAUCAAUGUGGCUCGGUAAAUAUUGCUCAAUACACCUUGCAGCCAUUCUCGUUCCAGUUAUUUGUUCUCUGGUGUUGCUCAUAUGUUUUAUAUAUCUAUUGAUAAGGUAUUUAAUCAAACGCAUCCAACUCAGAACUGCACUGGCAAAUCUCGAGUGGCUCGUUAUCUGGGACGAAGCUGUUAAAAUCGAUUCUCAAGAAAAAGAUACGAAGAACGUUUCAACUGCGACCCAUGUUAGUCGAAUGUUUAAUGACUUGUACACGUGGAAGCGUGAGAAAUGGUUUGUGAAACGCUUCAACUGUAGAACCAUUGACCUUGAUGAUGAAGCGGUCCGACUAGAAAUGGUUGAACUGACGACUUUGAAUCACAAAAAUUUAAUCAUUUACGGUGGAGCCUGUCUCACAUAUCCAAACGUGUCUUUUUUUCUUGAGCCAGCGAAUAAGGGCAGUCUUGAAGAUAUUCUUAUCAAUGAUGCUAUACAACUUGGUUGGGAUUUCCGAUUUUCUUUUCUAAAAGACAUCUGCUGUGGAAUGGAUUUCAUUCACAGUAAAACUAAUAUUGGCUCUCAUGGACGUCUCAAAUCAUCGAAUUGUUUACUUGAUAACCGCUGGUGCAUUCGUUUGUCCGGUUUUGGCUGUCCAUCAAUUCGCUAUGGACAGUACCUUAUGGCUGGAGAAGAGAAAGAUUGGCAGACUGAAUUAUUAAAGAUGAACGAACUUUUUUGGACGGCUCCUGAACUACUAAUAACUGUUGAGUGUCUAAAUGAUGUUCAGAUGGGUACUAAAGAAGGGGAUAUUUAUUCAUUUGGAAUAAUUGCUUCUGAAAUUGCCACCCGAGACAUACCGUUCGCUUAUGAACGGAUGUUCCUAUCUGUAAGCGCUAUUUUGGAUCUCAUAGUGGAGAAAGACAGUCCUCUUCUAGAAGAGGAGAGAAAAGUAUGGCAGUCAAUUGGAGGCGAUAUAUUUGUUAUUCGGCCACAACUUAAAAGCGAGCAUUUGCCUGAAGGGAAAACAACUCAGAGAAAAUUUCUCAAAAUGCUUGAAGACGUAUGGAACGAUGAACCUCUGCUCAGACCUCCAUUUUCAAAGCUUCUUGCAGUGUUAGAUAAUAUUCAUCCGACAAAGGGAGAACUAAUGGACAACUUAAUUCGACUAUUGGAAUCUUAUUCCAAUAAUCUUGAACAAGUGGUGAUUGAGCGCACCCACGACCUCGAAGUAGAAAAGGCAAAAAUUGAUCAUAUUAUAAGUCAAAUGUUGCCCAAGAAAGUGGUAGAGGAAUUAAAACACGGAAAUAAAGUGGAACCAGAAGACUUCAGCUGUGUCACUGUAUUCUAUAGUGAUAUAGUCGGAUUUACAACGAUCGCGAAAAACAGCCAGCCUAUGCAAGUGGUUGAUCUGUUGAACAACCUCUACAGUACAUUCGAUUCUAUACUGCACAAAUAUGACGUCUACAAAGUGGAAACUAUCGGAGAUGCCUAUGUUGUUGCAAGUGGCGUCCCCGAACGAAAUGGAAAUGCUCAUGCAGGUGAAAUUACGACAGCAGCGAUGGACUUAGUCAUAACCAUGUUGGCAAUGAAAGUACCGCAUUUACCCGACUGUAAACUUCUGUUGCGUAUCGGCGCUCACUCUGGACCAGUUGUUGCCGGAGUUGUUGGUUUAAAGAUGCCUCGCUACACCCUUUUUGGCGACACAAUGUUAAUUGCAGCCACGAUGGAAUCGACUUCAGAACCUUUGCGUAUUCAGCUUAGUGAACACACAGUAAAAAUUCUUGAUCAACUCGGAGGAUAUGAAACUGAGCUACGCGGAGAAAUGACUGUUGCUGGACGUGCUCUAACAACAUUCUGGCUGAUAAGUAAAGACGGAUACGAAGGAACUCUUCCUCAGGUUGUGUGUCAAUAAAUGCUGAACCGGUUGCGCCU